AUGGCGUUUGCGGUGAAGGAAAUCAAUCGAAACCCCACCCUGCUGCCAGGAGUGAAGCUGGGCUACCGGAUACAUGACACCUGUGCCAGCUCCUACUGGGCUCAGCGAGUUGCUCUGUCGCUGGUCGGAGGAGACGCACACAGCUGCAACCUGACCCCCUCGACGCCUGCUUCUACAGCCUACGGACAACCUGGAGAGACCGCAACAGCGAGUCAGCCUGUUCCUUUGCUCAUCGGUCCUGACUCAUCAACAACAACCAUAGUUCUGUCCAGGGUGCUGGGGCCUCUUUCUGUGCCAAUUAUCAGCUACAUGUCAAGCUGCCCUUGUCUGAGUGACAGGCUUAACUUUCCUAAUGUCUUCAGAACAAUCCCUAGUGAUAUUUACCAAGCCCGGGCCAUGGCACAAAUGGCCAUUCGCUUCCGCUGGACUUGGAUGGGAGCUGUGAUUAUAGACAAGGACUAUGGUAAACUGGCAAUACAGGCGUUUCAGGAAGCGACGCAUGGGAAAGGGGUGUGUUUAGAGUUCAUAGAGACUGUCCUUAAAGAAACUAUUGCGAGUGAUGCCAGCCGCGUAGCCCUCACCAUUCAAGCUUCGACUGCCAGGGUGAUUCUGGUCUUUUGUUGGUAUACAGAGAUCAAGAAAGUCUUUCUGGAACUGGCAAAGAUGAAUGUGACUGACAGACAGUUUCUGGCCAGUGAGGCUUGGAGCACUAGUGAUGAUCUUCUUCAAGAUCUUGAAGUUUCUAAAGUGGCAAGUGGGGUUCUUGGCGUGGCCAUUCGAAGUUCAACAAUACCCGGAUUUGAAAAUUAUCUCAGGAGUUUGCACCCAACGCGCCGUCCUGAUGAUGAUUUCUUGAGAGAAUUGUGGGAAAAGAAGUUUAGAUGCAGUUCUUUAGCAGGCUCUUCUGAGAAAGGCACUCUGCCCCUCUGCAGUGGGACAGAAUCACUGGAGGGAGUGAAUCAUCCCUUAACUGAUACCUCCCAGCUGAGGGUGGCGUACAAUGUGUACCUUGCUGUUUAUGCUGCAGCUCACGCCCUUCACAGCCUUCUCUCCUGCCCAAGAGAAAGCUCAACUGGAAACAACAGCAGCUCACCCUGCUUUCAUCCAAACCACAUUGAAUCCAAAGAGCUGUUGCAGCACUUGAACAGAUUGAACGUCACCACGCCACAGGGGGAAAUGUUUUAUUUCCAAGGUGGUGACACUCCAGCAAAGUACGACCUUGUCAACUGGCAAAACACCCCGGAGGGGUCACUUAAACUUGUUCUGAUCGGCCGUGUGGACGGGUUCAACAUCCACCUUAACGAAUCAGCCAUUCAGUGGAGCACAGGAUCCAAUCAGGUACCCACUUCGGUGUGCAGAAAGAGCUGCCUCCCAGGUACCCGAAAGGCCAACAGGAAAGGAGAACCUCUCUGCUGCUUUGACUGUAUCCAAUGUGCCGAAGGAGAGAUUAGCAACCAAACUGAUUCCCUUCAGUGUGUACAUUGUCCAUCUGAGUUUUGGUCCAAUACUGAGCGAACUGCAUGCAUCCUUCGCCAGCUGGACUUCCUGUCCUUUAAUGAAACCUUGGGCAUCACCCUGACCGCAGUCGCUGUAUCUGGUGCCACAGUGACAACAAUUGUGUUUGUGAUGUUUCUCUCCUACCGUCAAACACCUGUGGUGCGAGCCAACAACGCAGAACUGAGCUUCCUGCUUCUCCUGUCCCUGAAGCUGUGCUUCCUGUGCUCACUGGUGUUCAUCGGUCGUCCAUCCGUCUGGUCUUGUCGGUUCCAACAGGCAGCUUUUGGGAUCAGCUUUGUACUUUGCGUCUCCUGCCUGCUGGUCAAAACCGUAGUAGUGCUUGCUGUUUUCCGCUCGGCUCGGCCUGGUGCUGGAGCCUUGAUCAAAUGGUUUGGUCCACGCCAACAGAGAGGAAGUGUCUGCCUCUUUACAUCGAUACAGAUUAUCAUCUGUGUGACGUGGCUGUCCCUCAGCCCCCCCAUGCCGCAACGUGAUCUCGGUUUCCAAGGGUCUAAGGUCACCUUGGAGUGCACCAUGGCCUCUGUGGUGGGCUUCUCACUGGUUCUGGGUUACAUGGGUCUGCUGGCUUGCACCUGUCUCCUCCUGGCCUUCCUUGCACGGAAACUACCUGACAAAUUCAACGAGGCCAAACUGAUCACUUUCAGCAUGCUGAUAUUCUGUGCUGUCUGGGUAGCUUUUGUCCCUGCUUAUGUUAGCUCUCCUGGGAAAUAUGUCGUUGCUGUGGAGAUCUUUGCAAUCCUUGCGUCGAGCUACGGUUUACUGUUCUGCAUUUUUGCCCCCAAAUGUUUCAUAAUUCUCUUUAGGCCUGAGAAAAACACUAAAAAACCCUUGAUGGCAAAAUAGUUUUCCUGGGUUGAAGGUUAGUGUGUCUCUCUGUCUGGUGGAGACGGCAGGAUCGGUAUCAUGUAACUGUAAAUGUGUACGCAUUGUGUACAUUCAUUUCAUUAUAAUAAUGUUACAAUACAUUACAGAUCAUUUA